CCGCUGCGUUUCCUGUUGGCAGCAGUGAGCCAAGGAAGCAGCCGCUGCAGAAGGAGGAGGCCGAGGCAGGAGCAGCUGCUCGCGGUUCUCCGCAGGUUUCCUCUUCGCCAGGCCCGGCCGCGUCCCCUUCUCAGCCCGAGAGGCCCCGCGUGCGGACCUCUCGGCCCGGUCUCAGCACCGGGACUCCUGCUCCCCUUCCAGCCAUGCCAGGGCGCGCCCCUCCCCGCGAGGCCCCGGGCACUCCGGGCGCCUGGCUCUGGGUCUGCGUGCUGGGCGGGCUGUGCGCCCUAGGCACGGCUGGGUUCCCGGGGACGCCGCGCCCCUGCCAGGCCCCACAGCAGUGGGAAGGACGCCAGGUCCUGUACCAGCAGAGCAGUGGGCGCAACAGCCGGGCGCUGCUGUCCUACGACGGCCCCAACCGGCGCGUGAGGGUGCUGGACGAGAAGAAGGCGCUUAUCCCCUGCAAGAGAUUGUUUGAAUAUAUUUUGCUCUAUAAGGAUGGAGUGAUGUUCCAGAUAGAGCAAGCCACCAAGCAGUGCUCAAAGAUCCCCCUGACACAAGCCUGGGACCCUCUUGACAUUCCAGACAACUCCACCUUUGAAGACCAGUACUCAAUUGGGGGACCCCAAGAGCAGAUCACUGUCCAGGAGUGGUCCAACAGGAAGUCAGCAAGAACCUAUGAAACCUGGAUUGGGGUUUAUACAGCCAAGGAUUGUUAUCCUGUGCAGGAAACCUUCAUCCAAAAUUUCAGUGUAGUCCUGUCCACACGGUUUUUUGAUGUACAACUGGGCAUUAAAGAUCCCUCUGUGUUCACCCCUCCGAGCACGUGCCAGACGGCCCAACCCGAGCAGAUGAGUGAGGACUGCGCCUGGUGAGCAACAGGAAGCUCGGCUGGGAAGAAAUUUGAGACUGCGUGGAAUGCAAGGAUGCUUCACUGCACAUGAAGAUAAUUUAGGGAUGCUAAACACUGAUAAGGGUUUGUUCCUAUGUUUGGCUUUGGCUACUUGACUACAUUCAUGGAAGAAAACUGGCUGUGUUUUCUGCAUGUACACUUAGUGCUGUGGUACACAAAGGGGUGGGGGGCUGGCUCAAGAAGUUUGUCUUGGCAGGGAUGAAUAUUUUAUUACUGACAUUGUUAAGAAUGGAUGGCAAUAGUACAAAGAAUGGCCCCUGCUUUGCUGCACCAGGGGCAGUGUCCCCACUGACCCCCACCCCCAUUUGUCCCCUCUGUUCCUUUGGCUGCUAACAAAAUGAUCCCUGAAAAUUCCUCUGUACUUAUGAGCUUUAUGGUAUGACCUGAUGGAUGCAAAUAUUUUGGAAGGAAAUAAAAGGGUUUAAUGCAACCUAGUGAUUCCUCAAAAGGGGAAAGGAAAAGGGAGAAAACAGUUGUAAGUGAAAAGCUGGGACAUCUUGAUGCUUAUACCUGGAGAAGCAUGAACCAUAUGUGUGCUUCCUCUGGGCAAGAGUAUCACUUACUAUGCUGAAUUUUCAGUCAGUGGGCAGAGAGUGUUCUAAAAUAGCGCUGAAGUGGGUACCAGGAGACUGUCAUCUCCCAGCUUUCAUCAGGGUUGGAAUUCCCUCACACCUUGCACUCUUAACGUCUUCAGGUAUUCAAUGCACUGGGCUUUCCUUGCCAUAGCCUUCCUGGGACUCUUUUCCACAACCUCUGUCUGUCUGACUUAUGCUCGUCUUUCCCAAGUAGGCUUGCACAUAACCUUCUGUGAGAACUGCUUCUAAGCCUAGGUGAGUUGCAUUUGCAGCCUGAGCAUGCUUUUCUCAUGACACUUAUUAUGCUCUGGGCCAAUUUCCUGCCUCCUGGACCCCAUCUUCUGCUAUUCUGGCUAAGAGUCCCCUGAGUACGGGUACCAUAUCCUGUUUUCUUCUAUAUCCCCAAACAAGUGCCUGGUACACAGUGAGUGCCCUCAACGUUUGCAAAGUGGCAAAUGCUUCCCUCUCUGGUCCUCAGUUUCCUCAUCAAGUGGGGUUGAAUUUGCUGAUCACUGGGGAGAUUUCCAGCAAUGCAAUUUAUUUUAGAUUCUCACGAUAUUGUGUUUAAUCCGGCCAACUAUCUGGAACUAUCAGGCAAACUGUACUAUACCUGUAUUAUGCUGAAAACAAUCUGUAUUACUCACAGUUUAUCUAUAUGAAUAAACAAAUUUAAAAGCAUUCUUUGAGCUAUUUGCUUUUGUAACAGCUCUAAAUGCCCUUGAUUGUAAGGGAGUUGAAACAAUUCUCUAAUGAAUCAAUAAAGUGCUUCAACAUGA